GGAGCCAAAUUUACUAUCCUUUUCGAAAUGGCCACAGAAGUGGAUUGCGACGCUAUGAAAGCCGAAAACAUCCGUCUACGACACACGUUGUUCGUGAUGGUCACAGAUAGACAGAAAAUGGCGUCCAAAUUAACGGGCGUUCAGAACCUUGGACAACAACUGCAGAAGAAAGAAAUAGAGAAUAGUAAUCUUAGAGAAAAAAUUGAACGGAUAGAAGGUUCUCUGGCGAGAGCAGAGAACAGAAUAACUCAGUUAAGUCUUCAAGCGGGCAACGGCCAACAUUUGAGCGGCCAAACCGCCAUUGUUACGCCAGGAGUUUCAAAGAAGGUUUUAGAAGCAUUAACUCGCGAUAAUACAAGACUAAAACAAGCUCUGGACCACUUAACCAACAGAGGACCAGCCGGGGUUGACUUGGCAGUGGAGAAUAAGGAACUACAUGAAAUAAUCAUGAACCUUAGAGAUGAAAAGAACAUGAAAAGCAAUGAAGUAAAAGAAUUAAAAGCAGCUCUAAGUGCUGCCCAUGAAGGCAACAUUGAAUUAAUGAAAGGCCAAGUGCUGCGCCUCACUGCAUUGGUCACAAAGCUUGAGAGAAACCUCAAUGCCAAACAAGUGUUUUGUGAAACUGUGGUGACAGAGAAUGAUUCAUUGAAGAAUGAAUUACAGUCUCUUAGGGAUGAUAGGGUAACUAGAGUGAGAGAUCUAAAGAGAGGACUGGGCCAACUGUCAACACAGCCAGACGUCCGUAGAAUUUUGAACCAGGUGUAUGAUACUCCAGAUGGAGACCCAGAGGAAUAUGCUUCUUCAGAAGAGCAUACCACGCUCAAAGAGGAGGUUUCAAAAUUAACCAGGGAAUUAGAGGCUAAGGCUGCUGAAAGGGAAGAAUUUAUUGUAGAAUUGAACAGAAGGAAGGAAGAACAGACCCAAUCAAACAAUCUCCACACUGCUCAGCUUAAAUCUUUUGAAGAAGGGCAAGCACAGAUGUUACGACAGCUACAUGCAUUGAGUGAUGAACUUACAGAAGUGAAGAGAGAUCGUGCAGAAAAAGAUAUACAACUUAAAGAUAAUGAGAUGGAACAAGAACUCAUGCGAAAUGCACUUGAAGGCUAUGAAAAUGAUUUUAAGAUGGAAAGACAAGAGAAGGUCAAGGCCUUGUCAGAUCGUGAGCAGGUGUCACGUGAAAGGGAUCAAUUCAAGCAACGUUUCGAACAACUAAAGCAGGAACACAUUGGCUUGAGACAAAACAUUGAGCGAAUGUACUCAGAAGCUCAGAGACAGCAUGCCCAAGGUCAAAACAGACUUCCAACUCCAAGCCGCACAUGUGCAGCUCAAGUUCAGGAACCAUGGCAACAAGUACAUCAAAGUCCAAUGAGAGCUAGAGCUUUUGGAAUGGAAGUGAAGGCUGAUGGACAUGGGCCGGAUGUGACAGACUGCCCAACUUCUCCGCCGAAGGAUGCAAUGCGACGUUUUACCAGCCAAGGAAGUCAGUUGCAGUGUCCCAACUGUAGAAAACUUUUCCCUCAUGAUCUGCUUGAAAAUCACAUGAGAGACUGUACAGGAGAUGAUUAGCAAUGAGUUUAGCUUACACAAGGAAGAUGAGUGUACGAUCUGAAAUGUCUUUGACAGGAAUGGAAUGCUAGCAAGAUUAAAGAAACUGCUAUGAGCAUGUGGCUGACCUACUGGAUGUCUGAAACCACACACUGACUGUUGUGGAUUUGGCGAGAUAGUUGUUAUCAUUUUGCUCGUGUGAUGUAAUUCAAAUACGAAAAUGGUGCAGCCACACAAGGAAAGGGUGAAGAGAGAGACUGGUGUCCUGUGGUACCCGAUGCUUACUGAGGGGAUACAAAACAAUGCCAAGUGUAAGGGAACAAUGCUAUGAAAGUCAAGUUAUGAAAGGGUUUGCUGUUUGAUGCUAGCAUUAUUGCUAUUGCUAGCAAAUAGCUCCCCUUGUUUUCAAGCCAGAUUGAAGAGAGGAAGACACUUUUGGCUUGAAGGAGUUCUGUGAGGCGCAGUUCUUUGUUCAAUGAUAGGAAGUGUGGAAGCAAUUUUUGCAUCUGAUUCACAAUGCAUGGAGUUAUGAUAUCUGCACAAAUGCUUUUGAUCAGUAGAAGAUGCAAAAUGUUUGGAGAAGAAAUGUUCAAAGGUUUGUAAAGACUACAUUUAGUUUUACUCAAAAACAUCAUUGGGGAGUUAUGAAUGAAUCUCUGUUUUUAAUCAAUAGAGAGGAUGAAAUUUACUCCUUCAACUGUUAAGUAAGAUGAUGUCAACUGUUAAGACUGCCAAAAAUAAGAGCGAGCAAGAAAAGCACUAAAACAUAAUUAGUUAGAAGUUUUCAAUUAAAAGAAAAGAGUCGGAGACCUGCUCCUUUCAAAUAUAUAUAUUUCUGCAAAAUACCGCUAGAGAAACUAGUUUCUCUACAUUCGCUUCAACGUUGUACAUUCACUAUAAAGAACAAUACAUUUGUUAAUGACACUAAAACUACCAGAUCUAAGCAAUUUUUUUGAGUACAAUGAUCAAGAGAAAGCAAGAUAAAUAAACAUAUUUAAUCUUGUUCCGGGAAAGGAACUAGUGAUUUGGUAGAAGCUAGGAGGAGAUACACUCAAGGCGGUGAAAGCUGUUGGGAUUUUCCAUGUAAAUCAUUGAGACCUAGACCUUGUUCAAUUUAUUCAACUUUAUGUCCUUUGACAUUGGAACAUUUGACGUUCCCUCUCUAAGAGAGGCAUAGUUUGGUUGUUAUUUGAAUAGUUUGCUGUAGCAGAAUUAGCUUUGCAUUUUUGAAAAUGAAUUUUUGUGUGUAGAUAUUAAAUUAUGAUGGUACAUGUUUUUGUAAAUGCUCUGCUAAAGUUUUUCUCUAUCAAUAAAAAGUAUCGUCUAAGGGAAAUUUUAUUUGAAA